AAACACACGAGCUAGCGCUGUAACCCAAGAAGCCCUAUCUCAUGCUUCCAAGAGCCGACACUAAAAGAGCCGUUUUUUUGUUGGUUUGUUGCGCCUUGGCUUGGGAACCUAAUCUAUUGCGCGGAGAUAAGUCAAGUUGCUUUAUCGGUAUACGCUGCAACGUUGCCUGCCGAAUCUACCCUGCGUGCCCUGCCCGGCGGGGUGUUUCUUGCAUCUAAACGCCCUUGUGUAAUUUGUCUAGGCGGGGAGGGACCUGAGGAGAAUUGUUUCCUUUGAGAGAACCACCUUCCUAUUCAGCUUGGUCUAUGACUUGGCAGAUAAUGUUGUGAUCUUGGCGAGAUGUUGUGGAAUGAGGAGGUGAGGCCGGCUAGAUGUGGUAUAAAAGGUGCCUCAUGAAAGGAGAGGUUGCUAUCUUGGAUUGGCUUGACUGGCACGGCUUUUUCCUUACUGUCCUCUUUCUCUCACACAUACUCCCGCUCUUCAAUCCGUUCUCCGUCCUUGCAACCUGCAACAGCAGCGGGACUCACAAUGAAGUUGUCCAUCAUAUCCGCCCUGGCGCUGGCCUGCGCCGUGACGGCGUCCCGAGAGGGCGAGUCUCGCAUGGCUCACCUGAUGUCUUUGAAGUUGGAGCAUCGAGAACGUGCCCGCUCCCAGGGCCUCUUCAAGGUCAACAAGUACAUUGAUCAAGGAAGCACCAAGUGCGUGGACGGCAAGGCGGGCGAAUACUCGUGCGGAAACGUCGAUCUGCAGGGUUUCCUGAGCCAUCAGGCGCUGGGCAGCACGACUCGUGAGGGGAAUGAUGUGUGGGGUUGGGAAUCUGCCGACGGCCGCGAAUUCGGUAUCGUCGGACAAACCGACGGUGUUGCCUUCAUUGAGGUCCUGGAUGAUGGUAGCAUCGAGUAUGUUGGUCGACUGCCCACGCAGACCGAUGCCAGUGUAUGGAGAGACAUGAAGGUUAUAAAGAAUCAUGUGUACAUUGGUUCGGAAGCUGAAGGACAUGGGCUGCAGAUCUUUGAUCUGACCAAGCUCCUCGACACAAACAGCAGCAGCCCGACUAGCUUCUCGAUCGACGAUGACCUGACGGCCUGGUACGACGGGUUCGGCAGCUCGCAUAACAUCGUGGCACAUGAGGAGAAGGAAGUCAUCUACGCGGUCGGAACUGCUCGACGUCUCGAAUGCGCCGGUGGACUCUGGAUCGUGGAUGUCUCUGACCCUGCGAACCCCGUGUCUCCGGGCUGUGCGAAUGAAGAUGGCUACGUGCAUGACGCCCAAUGCGUCGUCUACACCGGCCCCGACAGCAAAUACAACGGCCAAGAAAUCUGCUUCAACUACAACGAAGACACGCUCACAAUCGUCGACGUAACCGACAAGACCAACCCGAUCCAGAUCUCCAAAACACCCUACGUCGGCGCCAGCUACACCCACCAAGGCUGGAUCGCCACGCCCGACCAAGCCUACCUGCUCCUGGACGACGAGCUCGACGAAGUCGACGGCACGGGCGAGGCCGCGAACGGCCACACGACGACAUACAUCUUCGACGUAUCAGACCUCUCGGACCCCAAGCACACGGGACUCUACCAGUCGCCUGUGCGCUCGAUCGACCACAACCAGUACGUGCUGGACGGGCUGUCCUAUCAGUCAAACUACGGCAGCGGGCUGCGCAUCGUUGACGUCUCGUCUAUUGCCGAGGACCCGUCCGGGAAGGGCCUGAAACAGGUGGGAUUCUUCGAUGUGCAUCCCGAGGAUGACGAGGUGGGCGGAGAGGUCGAGUUCGUGGGCAGUUGGAGUGUGUAUCCGUACUUCAAGAGCGGAUAUAUCCUGUUGAAUAGUAUUGAGAGGGGGAUUUACUCGUUGAAGUAUACGGGGAAUUAGAGAGGUAGAUGGGCCUUGUCUUGAGUGAUUCUUCUCGGUGAAAUAUCGGGAUAGGGCAUUCUAGGGCAUGUGAUAUGGUUCUUAUGGUUCUGGUCCUUAUGGCACGUGGAAAUCAAUUCGAAGUAAACCAUCCAAACCUGUUCAAAGGAAAAGAAAUACAAACAAAAAUUGGGUUAAUUUUCGGCUCCCGGAGACUGAAUACCAUAAAUUCCAGAAAACGAGAGAGAUCAAUCAACUGGGGGGCCGACCCUCGUUUAAUUCUUACUUUUGGGAUGGAUCAACCGUGGCUCGAAACGGAACACACGGACCGGCGAUCUUUCCUUCCCUGCACUAAACUUCAAUCGAAAUGAUUCACCACGUGUACCGCAGAGUUUGCUAGUCAGUCAGUCAGAACAAAACCAUAUUUUCCGUGGGAUUGUCCAGAUUCUGAAGGACGAGAUCAACCCUUCAAAUGCUGAAGCGCAGAAUAUACGUGAAGAUGUGAAGAUGUGAGCCCUAGAUCAAACCCAAAGAUAGAAACAGAACGGAACCAAGGAUCGCCUGAACCAGAUAGUCUAGCACCCGUUCGAUCCCUCAGCCCCCAGGACUCAACCAAACCCCAAUGAAGUACUCCGUAGAAGUGCUCAAAUAUGAGAACUGGACAGGUCCAAGUGGAUCACCACUAGCUUAGUGCGAUCUAGUUCGAGACUAGUUCAAUCUAACCCGAACCAGGGCCUGCGCCGGAUCAAACACCUCACUUUUGGAUGU